AUAGGUUGUCACACGCUUCUCUCAGUUCUUUGUUAUAAAGUGCACUUGGAUUUAUUCCACAAACCUAAUUAAGAGAUGGUCAAGACGGAUGAUGGGACCACUGUGGGUGAUCGGAAAAGACGUGUUAGGGUUGGAGAUCCGGACUUCGCACCGCCCGACGGAGGAUGGGGUUGGUUAAUCGUGUUGGCCUGCGGCUUCAGUAAUCUGAGUACGUUUCCCAUGUUCCAGCAGUUCGGUCUGCUCUUCCGUGAAAAGUUCGAGCAACUGGGCAUCAGCAAUGCGGAAACUACAACAGUUAUCAAUUUGAACUCGGCUUUCAAUGCAUGCGUGGGUCUUCUCAAUGGUCCACUAUUUCGAUACUUUUCCUAUAGACAAGUGGCGUUCUUCGGUGCUACUUUGGUGUCGGUCAGCCUGUACUUCACGACUUACUGCCAAUCCUUCUGGGGCUAUUUAAUAGUCUAUUCGAUGUUCUACGGUAGCGGAAUCGGAAUAACCCAAUCCGCGAAUGCGCUCGCCCUGAAUACUUAUUUCAAGGAUCGCAGGAGGCUCGCCACGGGAUUUUCCUGGAGUACGACGGCGAUGGGGCCCAUCGUGUGGCCCUACAUCAUCACAGCCUUAAUGUCCAUCUACGCAAUGGAAGGAACGUUGAUGAUAUUCGCCGCGUUCGCAGGACACGCCAUAGUCUGCUCGCUGCUUUUGCAGCCUGUUCAUUGGCACACCAAGUUCAGAGAUGUCGAGGAAGUGGCCAAACCUUUGAUUCAAGAAAAUAAAAGCAAAGAGAAAACGGGAAGCCUUUUCACCAGUCAAUAUUUAUUUAACGAGGAUGAUGCAAUAAGCACCGGUUACGAGAUCAUAGAUCCUGGUACUCCGAGGAUGGUGGGUGCAAAUGAUGGUUAUUACUCGAGGUCUUUGAUGGGUUCUCGGGUUUCCCUGUCUCGAUCCCGUUUACCUUCGGGUCAGAACUCAUUCGCCAACUCGAAGAGGCCUUCCUAUAACAACUUGACUGAGAUCAGAGGAGACAAAAAGAGGAAGAACUUUGAUAAACCGGUGAUCCAAGAGGAAGGCGAAGACGAGAUUGUUUAUCCAAAUGAAAAGGACGUGCUGAAAACAGCUGCCAAGAUGCUGGAAGAAUAUAAGGAGGAGACAGAGGAGAAGGAGCUGAGCUUUCUGCAGAAAGUGAGCGCCUUCUUCGAUUUCGACUUAUUAAAGGAUCCGAUCUAUUUGAAUCUAAUGCUGGGCAUUACGAUCGCGAAUUUUGCCGAAUUGAACUUUUCUAUUCUAACCCCGUACGUCCUCAAGGAAUUUCAUUUCGAGAAGUAUCAGAUAGCCACUUUCAUGUCAUUACUCGGAGCGACGGAUAUCUGCGUCCGCUUCUUCGUGCCUUUCAUUGCAGGAAAAAUAGGAUGGGAUAAUAAAACGUUCUUCCUGUUCGGCGUCCUAAGCAUGGCCUUCGGCAGAAUAAUAUUGGUGCAUACUCAAACCUACGCAGUUUCUUUGGGCGUUGCGAUUAUUAUCGGCUUCGGAAAAGGGCUCCGGACAAUCUUCAUGGCUUUAGUGAUACCCUCUUACGUGCCUUUAGAGAGGUUGCCAGCAGCUUCGGGUUUGCAAUUAGCAACGAGCGGUAUUUUAUUCCUGCUAAUGGGCCCAGUCGUCGGCUGGAUUCGGGAUUUAGUUAAUAAUUAUGUGAUAACUUUACAUAUUUUGAACAUUAUGACUUACGUGACGACUAUAGCCUGGACCCUAGAGAAAUUCAUAACUACCAGAAAAGCAAUGAGGAAAUGAAACUUGCAUCAAGUUUUCUCCCACUCUAGUCAUACACACACGGAAGCAGCAGAAAAAGAAAUAGUACAGGAAUCCCGAGGAAAGGAUAUGUAAUAUAAUGUGUUUGUUGUUUCUUCGGGAGAUAAAAAGGCUUUAUAGAAUGGUUUGUACUGUCCUUGCUUAUGAAUUUUAUUUUAACGAGGAUAUUAACUUAAUGAACGAUACAAUAAAUUAAAUCGACGGGAUAAUAGCUGUGUCUCUUUUCCCAGCAAUUUGUUUGUUUCAAGCCUUCCGUACGAUAAACAAUAUCAAUCGCGGCUUCAACAACAAAAAAAGUACAUAAACCUGACAAAAAGAAAAAUUA